AUGGGACCAGGCAAUGACACAAGUAGUUCAGAAUUUCUUCUUCUGGGAUUUUCAGAGGAACCAGAACUGCAGCCCCUCAUAUUUGGGCUUUUCCUCUCCAUGUACCUGAUCACUGUGUUGGGAAACCUGCUCAUCAUCCUGGCCGUCACCUCAGACUCCCACCUCCACACACCCAUGUACUUCUUCCUCUCCAACCUGUCCUUGGUAGACAUCUGUUUCACCUCCACCACCGUCCCAAAGAUGCUAUGGAACAUCCAGACACAGAGCAAAGACAUCAGCUAUGAAGGCUGCAUCACACAGAUGUAUUUUCUCACGCUCUUUGGAGGUUGGGACAACUUCCUUCUAACUGUGAUGGCCUAUGACAGGUAUGUGGCCAUCUGCCACCCACUGCACUACACAGUCAUCAUGAACCCCCGGCUCUGUGGACUGCUGGUUCUGGUGUCCUGGAUCAUGAGUGUUUUGAAUUCCUUGUUACAUAGCUUAAUGAUAUCGAGACUGUCUUUCCCUUCAGAAUUAGAAAUCCCCCACUUUUUCUGUGAAAUUAAGCAGAUGAUCAAACUUGCCUGUUCUGACACCUUUCUUAAUGACACAAUGAUGUAUUUUACAACUGGGCUGUUGGCUGUUGGUCCCCUGGCUGGGAUCCUUUACUCUUACUCUAAAAUAGUGUCCUCCAUAUGUAGAAUGUCAUCAGUUCAGGGGAAGUAUAAAGCAUUUUCUACCUGUGCAUCUCACCUCUCAGUAGUCUCCUUAUUUUAUUGUACAGUCCUAGGCGUGUAUCUCAGCUCUGCUCCUACCCGCACCUCACAGUCAAGUGCGGUCACCUCAGUGAUGUACACCGUGGUCACACCCAUGCUGAACCCUUUCAUCUACAGUCUCAGGAACAAAGACAUAAAGAUGGCUCUGAAUAGCUUCUUGGAGAUGGCAGGUAUAAAAGGGACAAUUGUUUUGGGGCUGAAAAAGUGCCCUUGA